AUGGAUUGUUAACCUGAAAUGACUUACAUCUCCUAAUCAAAUCAAUUUAUUAUUGUAUGUUAUGAAAAUGAGAUUUUACUUUACGAUGAAUAAACUAAUGCUAAAAUGAAAUAUUCUUAAACAGAUUUAUGUGUUUAAGAAUUAGCUUUUGAUCAGGCUUCUUUUAAAAUAGCUGUAAAUUAAGGGGAUAAUUCAAUUUUGAUUUUACAAGUUCAUAAAUAUGAAAUCAUCAAAAUAUUUCAAAGCCUUCCUGCACAUUUUAAUAGAAUAAAAGGCUUGAUAUUUUUUGAAAAAGGGAAGAAGUUAAUUUCUUGUAGUCAUGAUGAAAUGAUAUUUAUUUGGAAUUUGGAGACCUUUUAAGUGAUCCAUCAAAUUAAUUAGUUGAAAGGAAAAAUCUAGCAUUAGCUAUUAUUUCAUAACUAAAAAUUUCUUACAACCAUAAGUUCCGAUGGAAACAUAUGUUUUUAUAAUUUGGAAAAUAGAAAACUUUUCUAUCAUACUAAUAGGGUGCUAUCAAAAGUUUAAGAGAUAUGUGGAGUUAAAUAAAAUUUGAUGAAAAAUGAAUAGAUCCUGGUAUAAAUAGAUGAUAAAAUAAAGAUCAUUAGUUUAAAUAAAUAAAAAACUUUAAGAGUACUUUAAUUGGAGGGUGAAUUUAUGGAUGCUUUAUUUUGCUUUAAUGAUAGAGUAAUACUAAUCAUUAAUUAUGUCGAAAUCAAGCUAUUUGAUUAUCAAUCCUGUACAAUCUUGAAAACAAUGCCUCAGAAUGGCUGUUUUUAUAGUUUGGAUAAGGAAAAUAACAUACUAGUUUAAAGUGAUAUAUAUGGAAGUACUUAUUAAAAAUUGAUCUUAAGCAUUUGA